AUGGCUACAAGAGGAGAAAGGGGAGUCGGAAGAGUACUUGAUAAAUUAGAAGCAUCUGUUAAUUCUGGGCAGUAUUAUGAGGCACACCAAAUGUACAGAACACUUUAUUUUAGAUAUUUAACUCAGAAAAAGUAUACUGAUUUAUUAAAUUUAUUAUAUAAAGGCUCUACAUUAUUGCUGCAGCGCGAUCAACAGGGAAGUGGUGCAGAUUUAGCUAUAUUAAUCAUAGACGUAUUGAAUAAAUCAGAAACUAAGCCAUGUGAGGAAUGGAUUGACAAACUAUCUAAGCUAUUCGAAUUAAUGAGCUCUAGUUUACCUGAAAGAGAAUCAUUCCUCACGAAUUCAGUCAAAUGGUCCAUGGACAAUAACAAAAAAGGUCAUCCCCUACUACACAAGAGAAUUGCUGAAGUUUACUGGAAAGAAAAGAAAUACACAAGUGCUCACAGGCAUUUCUUACACUCCAGUGAUGGGUCCGCAUAUGCAAAUAUGCUUGUUGAACUACAUACAUCUAGAGGACUUAAAUCUGAAAUAGAUUUAUUUAUUGCCCAGCCCGUUUUGCAAAUUCUUUGUUUGCGGAAUAUACGAAUGGCAACAGAAACCUUUACCAAAUACACAAGCUCUCAUCCUAAAAUUAAUAAUGAUAAAGGACCACCAUACAUAUUUCCGCUAUUAAAUUUUUUGUGGUUUCUAUUACGUGCAAUUGAGCAGAAACAUCCAACACAGUUUAAAAUAUUAAGGAGUUGGUAUGCAAUAAGUAUUAAAAGGGAUCCAAACUACUCAGUGUAUUUAGACAACAUUGGUCGUAUUUGGUUUGGUAUAGAAAUACCACCUGAUAAUAAAAAUCCUGGCUCAAUGUUUGGAGGGCUGCUGAAAACUAUAAUAGGUGAUGCUGAUAGUUCAGAUGAUGAUGGAGACUACAUAGGCAGAAGUGCUGCAGCUCCAGACUUAGAUUAA